AUGGGUGAUACCGUCCAAACCGACGUCCUGAUCGUCGGUGCCGGUCCGGCUGGACUGAUGGCCGCGGCCUGGAUGGCCCAGAUGGGAGUGAAUACAAUAAUCGUUGACCAAAAAUCGCAUCAAACGCGAUGCGGUCGCGCGGAUGGACUAGAAAGUCGAACGCUGGAGAUCUUGGACAGUUUUGGUUUGGCCGAUAAAGUGUGGGCACAGGCAAACCACACCGUGGAAAUUGCCUUAUGGGGCGGCACAAUCGACGGCAAGCUGCAAAGGCAGAGCGUCACAGCGAACUCCAAGCCUGGAUGGUCUCGAUUCCACGAAUCAACGCUUAGCCAAGGCCAAAUAGAGGAAUACCUCAUGGAAUAUGUGCGAGCUCGAAAACAUAUUGAAGUGAAGCGGGAAACAACCCCGACUUCGUUCGAGUGCAAUUAUGAUUUGAUCGACGACCACGAUGCUUUUCCCAUCCGCGUCAAUCUGGAGAACGUACCAUCCGAUCCAAAGCCUCGGUCUAAUGGAGUGCGUACACCAAAUAGCGAGGCCAGCGAGCCUCUUUCCGACGACUCUGGAUACGCAGGCAUGGGGACGAUGGUUGAAGCCAAGUAUAUCCUGGGCUGUGAUGGAGCCCAUAGCUGGCUCAGGAAGCAGCUCGGACUGAGGCUUGAAGGCGAAACAUACGGAGACUCUUGGGGUGUACUCGAUAUUAUUCCCCUGACGGACUUUCCCGAUAUCCGAAAACGAUUCAUCAUAAAAUCGAAGCACGGAACGCUAAUGAUGAUUCCACGAGAGAGAAAACUUGUACGCGUCUACGUCGAGCUUCCACCCAAAUCUGCCGAACGGUAUCGAGCAGAAUCCAACCCCGAUAUUCUCAUGGAGCGGGUCGCAACUAUCAUGAAGCCCUAUAGCAUGAGCACAAGUAAUAUCGACUGGUCCACGAUAUAUACUGUCGGUCAACGCCUCUGCCGGAAAAUCGGUCUCCACAACCGCAUAUUCCUUGCCGGAGACGCGAUCCAUACGCAUUCCCCAAAGGCAGGGCAAGGAAUGAACGUCAGCAUGCAAGAUACGUUCAAUCUUGGCUGGAAACUAGCGUCUGUCAUCAAGGGGGUGCUGCAUCCACGCGUCCUUGAGACAUACCAACUAGAACGGCUUCCUGUCGCCGAACGACUCAUCGCAUUGGACCAGAGAAUCUGCCGAGGAAUGUGCAGCCAGAGGAAUGUCGAUCCAGAGACGCAGCACGGCCAGUUCGACGAGGACCACAAACGAGCGCUUGAGGAGGAGAACUCUUCCAUGUCAGGCUUAGCUGUGACCUAUCUGCCUAACUCUCUGGUCACAUCUACUGUCUCGGAUAACCUCCUGCCCAAAGACGUGGCGUCCUGUACCAGCAGACCCUCCGUGGCCAUGAAUCUCCGAGUCGGCGCGCGCAUUCCCAGCGUGCUGAUCCUUAACCAAAGCGACUCGCAAGCAUGCCAUUUACAGCAGAUUCUUCCCAGCACGGGACAAUGGAAUCUAAUUGUUUUCGGAGGUGACAUUGCAAGCGCGGACCAGAAGCAUCGGGUCGAAGAGCUCGCAGCGGCCCUCGAUGAACCUGACUCCACAUAUCAGAAGCUGAAUGAUCCGGCCUGCGUGGCGAAACGAGGGUUUCCGACCAUAGGAGUCUCUCUCAUUCACUGUGCCAAUAGGCUCAGCAUCGAGUUAAACGAUCUACCGGAGAUCUUCCGUCCAUGGACAAAAGAUGGUGUGGACUAUGGUAGGGUAUGGGCGGACGGCGAAGCCUACCACCAUGCUGGCGGAGGAAAGCUGUUUUCAUCUUUCGGGAUCGGGUCAACAGGGUGUAUGGCAUUAUUGAGACCCGAUCAGCACCUGGGAUUUCUCUCGGAUAUAGAUGAUGUGAAGGGGUUAGAAAAGUUUUUGCAGUCGGUUAUGCUAGGGGCGAGGCAGGGACCUAAUGCGACUUCAUAA